CGACGGUUUGCAACGUGCGCCCGGGGUAUUGUCGUCCAAUUUGGGUAAUGGCAGGACAAAGACAGUCUGUUCGGCAGUGCGUACCGACGAAACGACCACGUAUGCUCGAGAUGGAUUUGGAUCAUACUUUGAAACGACCAUCUUUUAGAGCGGUGGAAUACCAUGGGUGUCCUCAGCUCACCAUGGGCCCGACACGCUCGCUCAGCUGCUUUGUCCGCGGUGGCACUCUCAAUCCUUGCGUUGUUAUACUUGAGGAGUCAUGAUCGAUACAAUAUUAUCCAGAAAGAUCGAUCUCAACACCCACUUCUCGAUCCCACUGUCACCACAUCCUUUGGCCUCACGCCGGGCCAUAACCCCAUCCUCCCGAACGAACGAGCCGUCCAAGGACCAUGGGUAGCACAUCUCCCCGCAUACGUCAAGACAAACCAAGAGUUCACAACCACACUGACAUGUACCUACGCUGCCGAAGAAGGCUGGUGCCCCUCCUCCUACAUCCUCUGGUUCCGCGGCCUAACAUCUCUUGUCGUCCCCCACGAUCCCCACCACAUUUGCGUCCUCGACUCCCAAAACAAGACUGUCGGAAUCACUUACGCCAUCAAGGAUCCAGGUGUCUAUGAAGUCUGGGCAUGGCCGGAAUAUGAAGAUUGCGAGCGGUUCAAGGAGAUGAAGUACCCGCUUUCGAAUGCGCUGGUACAGGGGACGCCAUAUAAGAUAACGGUAGAGGGUGCGGCACCGGAGGAGGGGUAUGGAGUUUGUGUGGAGGAUGCGCCCGAAGGAAGAUGGGUUAGUACAGAGCAUACUGACCGGAGCCAUAAGUCGGAUGCGUGGGCGAGGAGUUAUCAAAAUUCGCACGGACACUGGAGGAAUGCGUUCAUCUACCAACCGUACAGUUGCAAGAGAGCGGCAACUUCGCCAGCAACACUCGAUGAUCCAUCGUUAUCGGAUGUAAAGCAUGUUCUUUACAUUGGUGACUUAACAACCCGAGGACCAUACUGCGCACAUACGUACCCCAUGUUCCAUGAUGGGAAGAUCGAUGGUCCCUGUGCUUACACCCACGACUACGAAUUCUGGAAAGAGUACCAGAUGCAGCUGACACGAUCAUUUACCUGCCGUACGCCCAAGGGGAAGGACACCGCCUGGUCCCUCCUCUUUCAAGGAGAACCUGGUCGACCGGCAUACCAUGUCCAAGCCCUCGAGAGACUCCUCGAACACCCAUUGGGUCCGCCUUCCCACGUCGUCGUCAACUUCGGCCUCUGGCAAGCCGCAAAAACCGAGCUUGAAUACGCCACCUCGGUCGACGAAAUGCUCGCAUUCAUCCACCACUACCUCCCAAACGCACAUAUCACUUGGCGCCUGACAACCUCUAUCUUCCGUCCGGCGGGUUGCUACGACUAUAACCACCUCGCACGACCUAUGACGCGGAUGCAAUCUCAUGUCGGACGCGAGAUGGUUAAGACAUGGAGGAAGAAAGGGAUGAGGAUCGUGGUGGUGGAUGGGAAUGGGUUGACAGAUAGUAGACCUGAUACGAGUGCUGAUGGCAGACAUUGGGUCGUGUAAGGGCCGGUAGGGACUUUGGAGGCUCAGCCAAGGAUUGGAGAGGCUCAGUUGGGGAUUGACGAGUGGAUUUGGGAUGAAUGGAGGAGAGCGAAUAGCAAAACUUGAGCAUAUCCCAUAUGUACCAAGCAGCAAUGCGUGGAGAUUAAGAAGAGUACGAUACCAUGCGUGAUACAUAACUCAAGGACAGACCGUAAACGCAACAUAAUGUGCCAGGAAAAAGUUAUUUGAUACCCAAAAAAACCGCU